CAAUUUUUUGGCGAGACGAGAAAAUUGGCGAUGUUGUUGCAGGCAGGCAGUAUUUUGCGCAUUCUUGUUCUGCAAAUUAAAUGAUUUAAGAUAAAAAAGGAUUCUCAUCAUCAAAAUAAAGUUCGGUUAAAAUUUAUCCUUGUUUUCCUAAGUGAAUUCCAAAGAUUCAUUAAACUGGGAGAGUUCCAUGUCUGCUGCAAACUCCAACAUGUCUGCCACUGAUGAGUAUGAGGAGCCUGCUCCUGCACCUACCUACAAUUGCAAGCGGUGUAAAAAGACCUUCUCAUGCAAAAGGGAUCAGCUGCUGCACAAAAAGGAGGUACAUUUUCAAUCUAAAUCAUCCUAUGAAUGCAAAUUGUGCUCCAAGUACUUUUGCAAUGGUGGCAAUUUAGAGCGCCAUAUGAAGGUUCAUAACGACGUUCGGCCUUUUGUCUGCCACAUUUGUCAAAAAGCAUUUGCUCAAGCAGUUAACUUACAACGUCAUUUCUCAGUGCACAAUGGAGAACGACCGUAUCAAUGCAGUUUUUGUACCAAAUCAUUUACUCAACAGAGUAACAUGCAUCGCCAUCAACUAACUCAUACUGGUGAGAAACCAUUCCGUUGCAAGCGCUGUGGUCGCUAUUUUUCCCAGCGUGUAAAUCUUAAAAAACAUAUAAUGGGCCACCUUAAUGCGAAACCUUACGCAUGUGCCAUUUGUCAGAAAGCCUUUAUACAACUAAGUAACUUCAAAAAGCAUCUGCAGUCCCAUGUUAAAGAAGGAGUUGAAGUAGAUGUGGCCGCUACUGUUGCUGCUGCAACUGCAGCAGCGCGUCAAAAUAUUGCGCUCGCAUCCCAACCAGUGGCUUUUGAAUGUGCAAUUUGCCGGAGCAUUUAUGAUAAUUUUGCUGACUUUGAAAUGCAUGAAAGUGCAUGCACUGGAGCCGUACAACCAAAGGUGGACCCUCUAGACACAAAUACUUCUGUUGACGACAUGUAUUCUCCAAUAAAGUUCGAGGUUGCUCAUCUGGACACUCAUGAGAUAAUUAUUGAGACCACCCGAUAAAUCUACAGAAUAAAAACAGGGAAAUGUUUAGCUAUUUGUACAACGAUUUAGGUGUGGGGGCGGAGGGGGAGGUGGUGUGGGCCCCACAAAUCCCCCCGAAACGAAAGAGGAUUAACGCCGCUUUAUGACGCCGCCCCAGUGAUGUAACCUUGGGAAAGGAUGAGGUAACUAGAAUUCCCUUUCUGUGUGGUAAAUCUGGGGCUGCC